UGUUAACCACAAAUACUACCAAACCGCUGCCCCGUGCCUCCUCUUCAACAAAUCUCCGUCUCUCUCACCAAUCUACCUCCGCCCAUGUGGAAUUCAGCUAACCGGCAACCUCCAUUACCCCAACUCUCUUCCUCCACACUCUUCCUCCCACCUAUACAUAAAUAUACUCUCUCCGCCAUCUCCAACCAGCCGUCCUUCCCCCUUUCUGCCUCUCUGCAAACUCAUCCAUGGCUCCUGCUGCAAUCGCACGCCACACAACGAAGACCGUCUGCGUCAUGGACUCAUCCAACCGCCUUGGCGUCGCCCUUGUCGACCGCCUUCUUCACCGUGGUUACACCGUCCACGCCGCUGCCUUCGCUCGUGGUGAUGCGACGAAGGCGGCCUGGAGCGAGAACAAGCGAGUGAGGGUUUUCAGAGCUGAUCCCUUGGAUUACAACAGCAUCGCCGAAGCAAUCCGAGGAUGUUCCGGCUUAUUCUACACCUUCGACGACGAGUCGUCUUACGAUGAGUUCAUGGUAGAAAUAGAGCUGAGGGCUGCACAUAAUGUACUGGAAGCGUGUGCGCAGGCUGACACCAUAGAGAGGGUGGUCUUCACAUCCUCAGUUACUGCACUCAUAUGGAAUGAGAAACUCAAAGUUACAGAGGAUGUUGAUGAGAGAGAUUGGAGCGACCCUAAUUUCUGCCGAAAAUUUAAGCUAUGGCAUGCUCUGGCAAAGACACUCUCAGAGAAGACGGCAUGGGCAUUGGCAAUGGACCGAGGGGUUGAUAUGGUGGCGGUGAAUGCCGGACUUAUCCUUGCCGGGCCUGAGCUCUCGUCGGCGAAUCCAUAUCUAAAGGGCGCACCCGAGAUGUACGAAGAUGGGGUAUUGGUGACAGUGAAGCUCAAGUUCCUUGUUGAUGCUCAUAUCUGCGUCUUCGAAAACCCGGACGCCUAUGGCCGUUACCUAUGCUUCAACCACACAAUCUGUCACCCAAAAGACGCCAUCAACCUUGCUCAGAUGCUCUCCCCCGGACCAAGUCCUCCUCCCAGGUACAAUGAUGGGCUGGGAGUGAUUCAGGGGAGGAUACACAGUAAGAAAUUAAAUAAGUUGCUGUUGGAAUAUAGAGAUGGAUUGCAAGUAGCAGAAUAGAGUAUUAGUAGCAGAGAAAGAGGCUUAAGGAAUGAAAUAUGUUCAGGAAGAUUAUGAAAUGAGAGAGAUCUCUCUGAAUGAGAGAAUUCUUGUUCUUGGUCGAGGCAAAUUUCUGAAGGAAAUGGACUGUAAUUGAUUCAUUUUCUUGUAAUCUAAACUUGAAAUAAAGGAGAAUGAUCUGUUUGUAGCCAUGCGAUCAUCAUCAGGGGCUCGAGGGCCACUAGAUUGGCCUCUUGAGACUGAAAAAGCCUAGUGAGAAGACCAUCGCCAUACUUUAAAUAAUGUGGCCUCUGAGACUUAAUAUUUUUUAUGUAGUGGUACUCUUAAUAAUGUGUUAUGAGCCCCACGUAUAUCAUUGUGUCCAAAGAAUAAUAAUUUUAGGUCCACAAGACACUUGAUAGGUUUAACUCAAAGGGGUUACUAAAUGUAAGCAAUUUAUGAUUUUA